AUGAAAAAAAUAAUAUCAAUAAAAGAGGAUAAUGAAUUUAUUAAAUUUGAUUUAACAACUAAAUACAAUUAUUUUACUUAAGAUGUCAUUAAAUAGAUAAUAUCUUAAAUAAAAAACCAUUAAAGCUUGGUAAACUAUUCUAUUACAUCUAAGUUCUGCUCAAUUGACAAUAAGAGAUUAAUGUGUCUAUUUUCAAAACCAGAGUUUGUUGAUAAGAUUCCAAAAAUUAAAAUUUCAUUCAAUGGAUUACCCAAUUUUUUAAUCUUCCCCUAAACCCUAAAUAUUUAGACAAUGAAUAAAAAUGUCUUUUAGGUGUAUUCCAACAUAGCCAAUACUCGAUUUUAGGAAACUAAUUCUUUAAGUUGGUAUAUUGCAUUAAUCUAGAUAAAAUGGAGCUAUUUUUGA